AUGCGGCUGGAGAGCGAACGGUGCUCUGAUCGGGCCGCGGUGGCGAUCAUGGAGCUGGUCUUCCGCGACCUGGGCUGGCACGUGGGCCGUGAGGCGACCUACGAUCACGAGCUCUCCAAUCGUCUGGCGGAUGUCGUGUUGACGCAGCUGCUUGGUGAUUCAGUUAGGGGCCAGUUCCGGCGCGCCGAGGUGCUCGCCUUCAGCGAGACCGUCCGCGCGGGCCACGGGUCGCUCGAGCUCUGGCCCACGAACGACUCCUCGGGCGCCCUGGCCGCAGUGGUGGACGUGUCCGCGCUCGCCCACGGCAGCGGCCAAGGCUUUAUCAUCGGCAAGCACGUCAUCUUGUCGCCGAGCAACCUCGUGGCAGGUGUGCGGUACCGCUUGCUGGCGAGCGACGCGGGGGUGCUGAGGGACACCGUCGGCAACGAGCUCGCAGCCCUCGACACUGCAGGCAGCUGGGAGUUCACCACCCUCCAGAACGACACCCUGGAUGUCACGGCGCCCGAGGUAGCCUUUGUUGGCGAGGUGCAGGUGGGCUCCGACGGCCUGGCCAGGGGCGUGGUGUACUUCACCGAGGGCAUCGUCGCUGGGCAGGGCGUGAUCUCCGUCGGAGACUGCGGCAUGGACCUCGACUGCGGGGGCGCCCUGGGCAGCCCGCAGGAGUACGGCGGGCCCGGCGCGGACGACAAUGCCACGGUGGCGCUGGGGUACGGCAACGGAAGCGCGGUGGGUUUGGAUAACGGGGUGCUCUCGUUCACCUGGUCGCCGAAGUACCUCAACCGCAGGUAUCUCGUCUCGGUGCCAAGCGGAUUCGUGCGCGAUACCUCCGCGGCAGCCAACCCGGGGCCGUCGGCCGACUUCGAGUUCGUGGUGGAUGUUGGCGACGUCCCAACCGCGCAGCCGACGUAUCACAUCGCCCCACCUGGCUGGGAAACGUGCUCGGGCAGCACGGAGGCCUACCUCGCCACCAGUUGCGGCGACGGACACCUCUGGAGCGGCACCCCUGCGGGCACCACCGGCCUGUCCACUGCGGUCGCGGCGCUGGACGGCAGCGGCAGCCUCUUCCAGCUGCGCCUGGAUGCGAGCGGACUCGCAGGCGGGCGGCACUACCGCAUCUGUGUCGACCUCGAUGGGCCCGACGGCGCUCUGGUCUUUGGCGACAGCGGGAUCCGCGCAUACGUCAGCCCAGUCGCCUCGGUGCAGGCGUUCGUGCGGGGCGCCCUGGGGACGCCGCCGAGGCUGCCGAGUACCUUGGCCAGGUUCAACUACACGGCUGUCACUUCGGCCGGGGACGUGGGCGACCCGGCCGGGGACGUGGGCGACCCGAACGGGGAUGUGGGCGACCCGAACGCGAGCAACUCGUCCAAUGCGACCAAUUCGACCGACAAUUUGACCAACUUGACCGAGGAUGCGCCCACGCCUGUGCCCGUCGUGGUGGUUCAGGUUGCCGUGCCGUUGGUUGCGAACAACACGACCGCGGAGGUGAACAUCUCGACCGUGGCAGCGGAGGAGGAGGCCAGGCCCGUGGAGCUGGCGCUGGUCUGCGGCAGCGGAUGCUCCGCCAGCGGGCACGUCUACCUGGCCGCGAGGUGCGAGAGAGGGGAGGUAGCCGCUGGAAGCGAGAGCACGAGGCCCGGCGGCCUCGUGCCCCAAGACCCCGGCCUCGGCUCGGGGUCGAGCUCCCGCACGUCUGCCUUCUCGGCGGUCCUGGACGUUGCUCCGCUCGAGAUCGGCCGCACGUACCGCCUCUGCUACGACGCGGACGGCGUGGGGGGCUCCAUGGAGGCUGGAGAUACGGGACUGCUGGUGCACACGUCGCCCCUCCGCGGCGUGGAGCCGGGCAGCUUGAACGCAGCCCCCGGGCAGGAGAUCCGGGUUGUCUGCGAGGAGAACGCGGUGUGCACCGCAUCGACCACGGCUUAUUUGUCCCGGGAGGCGUGCGACGUCGAGCAAUUCGACGGUUCCGCCUCGCAGUCGGGAGCGCUGCGCACGGGCUCGGCCGCCUUCGUGCCCGACGGGCCCGCCGGCUCCAACGCCUUCCGGGUGGUCGUCGACGCCUCCUCGCUGGACGCGGGCGUCCACUACAAGCUCUGUGUCGACCUCGACGGCAGACUGCCACAGUUCUCGUUCGGCGCAUCCGCGAGCGUGUACGUCAGCGGGAUUACUGGCACAUCUUCACCGUCCUUGAGCGCGGCCAGCCCGACAACGCUGACGUUGGACUGCCCCGUCGGCUGCUCCACGGCUUCUCUGGUGUCCGUCGCGCUCGAGUGCAGCGGCGACGGCGCCCUCGCCGCGGCCUCCGUGCCGGGCGUCCGGGCGUCCGCCGUCCGGCUUGGCGCCGCGGGGGCGCGGUUCACCGCCGCAGUGGACGCCGGCGGCCUGACCCUUGGGGCGAGCUACAAGCUGUGCGCGGACCUGGAUGGCGUCGGCGGCGAGAUGGUGCUCGGUGACACGGGCGUGCGUCUGUACGUCGCUCCGCCAUCUGAGUCGGGAUCGGCGGAUCCUGCAUAA